GCCUCGUCCUGCGUAUACAAUCCUAAUCUGCGGACGCUAGCAUACACUGUUGCCACGUUUGGCGAUACCUUGUACAAUGCUUGCUGCGCAGCGGUCCGCCACCUUGGCGUGGCGACCCGACACCCUCGCCCACGUUGCUGCUGAACCUAUAUUUUCUCGUUGUUCAGCCCGAAAAGGCCAGCGUCAGUCAACGACCGCUGCUGCUGCGCUGCCGAAGGCGGCCUCCUUGGCAAAUGCUGUUCGCAAGAUGAUAACCGCAGCAGACUCGGGGUCCCACCAACAACAGCAGCAGUCGGCGGACCAGCAGCAGCGGCGGCGCCAGCAGCGGCGACGGUACGUCACUUCCGAGGAAGAGGAGGAGGAGGACGAGCAGCAGGAGCAGCAGCAGCAGGUAGCGGAGGAGCAGGAGGGUGCUGCAGCGGAGGCAGAGGACAACGCAGGGGAAGAGAACGCGGAGGGGGAAGCGGGGGCUGCGGAGGGGGCGGAGGCUGCUCUGCCCGCUGAAACAGAGGCCGCGGCUGGCGCCGAAGAGCAGGGGAAGCAGGAGCUGGUGACGGAGGAGGUGGAAGAGAUAGUGGAGCAGGUGGUGGAGCCCUUGACCUUCCAGUCGGCAGCGACCCGAUCGCAAGCCUUCCUGACCACCACUCUGCCAGGCAAGCUGCUCCUGGGCGGCCUGGCUGCAGCCCUGCUAGGCUCGCUGGGGCUGGCGGCGGUGCGGGUGUGGCAGAAGGCAAACACGGCGCGAGCCAAGCGCAUGCGACAGAUCGACCGCAACCGGGAGCUGGUGGAGGGGCUGAACGGCUACCUGCUGGCGGGCAACCGGGCGGGGCUCACAGCGGGGGUGCUGAAGCGCAUCCAGCGCGCCAGCGGGUUCAGCUGCGUGGAGGUGUUCCGCAAGUACCUGUGGUACCUGCUGCGGGAGCGCAAGUUCGACGUGGGGGCGGUGGAGGACCUGGUGGCUCUCAAGAACGGUCUGGGCCUGACCGACGCGGAUGCCGGCGAGGCCCUGCGCGAGCGCUCAGCCCGCAUAUACGACAAGUACGGCACCCUCAUGCUCAACACAGAGGGCCUUACGUUGACGGGGGCGCAGCGCAAGGCCACGUGUACGGCGCUCUUCCGCAAGCUGCUGUACCUAGCGGAGUGUGAGCGGCUGGUGGGGGCGGCGGCGACAGAGCCAGGGGGCAGCGGGGUGGGCAGUGUUGCGGAUAUUGGCAAGAUCUUUGGCGCCACCCUGGAGGACAUGGAGCGGCUGCGCAUCCGCAACCUGUACGAGGCGGAGCUGGAUCUGGAGGGCAUGAUGGGGGCAGAGGAGCAAGAGGAGGAGGAGCAGGGGCAGCAGCAGAAGUGACCCGUGGGUCACGGUGGCGGAGCAUCAGAAGUGGUGACCCAUGGGUCACCCCGGCUGCGGUAAAAGUAAGAUGAAGGAGGAGAGGACUAAGCCAAGGUCCUCGAGCCCAUACGCUACUCGGUCUUGGGUAAGCUCCUUGAUGGCUUUAUUGUGGUUACUGCCCUGACCAGGAUGAGGGGCGACUUGGCGCGAGGGGGGCCUCUCGGGGGAGGUACCCACUGCAGUACAGCCAGGUCGUACGGAGGGCCAUGUCGGAAAACGAUCGGGUGGGAAGAGAAAUUGAAGCGGAGGCUGAAGCCGCAUCGAUGGCGAGGUGGGGAUGUGGAAUAUACUUUUCGGGAGCGCUCAUUUGCGAUUGCAGUACACAUUUUUAUCCUGCCGUGUUUUCUGCAGCGCUCCGGUGCAUGUCUGAGCGUGCAUUUGGAAGCAUGGUGGUAGGGACGGUUGUUCUUAAAAGGGGGGGUGAGGUGAGGUCAGAAGGGGUGGCAUGCCAGGAUGGCUUCUCAUUCUAUACCCUUUUUCCGAGGCUACACAUUGGUUAGCUAGUUUUCAAGUACCGACUUUAGUCUUACUGACAAGUAACGACUUAUCGGACCGCGGCAAUAAGCUCUCUCGCUCCUAGGGGGCCCUGCAUUUUGUGCAUGGGGGCUGCAUUGCGUAAUAGCUAUUACACCGCUUACUAAAUCCGCCUGUUUUGACGGUUACGGUUAUUAUCUGCUAUCGGAUGUUGCCGAGAGUGGGUGCUAUAGGACAUAUAGCUUGCGGUUUUUUGAGGGGGGGACCUUAAGCAUUGGCCGGUUUGUGGGUUACGGAAACUGGCCACGAGUAGGAACGUACCUGCUUGAGGAUAUCCUGAUGGUGCGUGUUUGUGUUUCAGGGAAGGUAAGAGCGGACCCGAGGUUUGCGUCCUGGUCAGCAGCUCUCAGCUGUUGGUGUCACAAAUUUGCCGUACACAGGGCAAUCCAGUACGGCGUUGGGGUGAUCACCGGGGGAGGCCCUCAGAAGGGAGCUUUCCCCCCUUUUCCAACGCUAGCAAGUAUAUCAUAUCUUAUCUCUGAGCGUGUAAUGACCGUGUUACGGAUUGUAACAUGAUUUACAUGAAGGAUCGGAUGGUUGGAUGGGUCGCUGGGUUUCAUGUAACAUUGUUCAGCUUG